AUUAUUAUUAUUAUUUUUAAAUUUUUCUGUGAUGGUUUUAAACCAGGUAACUAGAUUUUAUGCUAUCCUUGUAGUUAUUAGGGUUUUCUUUUAUGUUUUUCCUAUUUACUGGAAUUUGCUUAAAUUUUUAUUCCGAGAUUUGAAGGUAAGUAGAUAGCAAAAAUUUGGGUUUAGGCUUUGAUUUCUACCCUGAAUUUGAAACCCAUCCGUUGAAAGUUAAAGCUCAGUGCAAAAAUGUUUGCUUUUCUGGGGAUACUUGGAUAAGCUACUGUUUAUUUCGCGAAGAAAUUAUCUCAGUCAGUGUGAAAAAUUAAAUCUUUGGAGGGUUUUAGAGUCGUUCAUUCUCGGUGGUACUGAUGGUGAUCUAAGUGAAUUUUAAUUUUUUUGGUUUGACAAAAAAAAAAUCUUCCAGGGAAGGGAUUAUAAUUAUAUAGAAUUUUAGUACAAAAAUGUCAGGAUCUGAGACAGGAGUAAUGACAAGUAGAGAGCCUUUCAGCGUGGGCCUCCAGAAAAGUCCGCUACCAUCACAGCCGGUCAUACAGAACAUGCGUUUAGUGUAUAGUGCUGACGGGACAGCUGUUUACAAGCCCAUGGCCGCCACGUCACCUUCAUACCAGUCGUCCGGCGUUGGCGUUGAGACCGGCGCCGGAGCUGUUGGCGGUGGGGAUGGCGGCGGAGAUGGUUCAGCGGGUGGGGCUAUAGUGCCACAGGGGAUAAAUAGUGAGCCAAUGAAGAGGAAAAGAGGGAGGCCUAGGAAAUAUGGGCCAGAUGGCAGCAUGGCAUUGGGUCUGGCACCUGCACCUCCUGCUGUCACGGUAACCCAGUCUAGUGGAGGAGGAGGAGGAUUUUCACCGCCGCCGCCGCCUGGUUCUACAGUUGGCCCUCAUGCUUCAGGAGGAUCCGCCUCACCCACUUCCUUGAAGAAAGCCAGAGGCAGACCACCAGGUUCAAGCAAGAAGCAUCAGUUGCAAGCAUUAGGAUCAGCUGGGUUUGGAUUCACACCACAUGUUAUCACUGUGAAAGCUGGAGAGGAUGUAUCGUCAAAAAUAAUGUCGUUUUCUCAGCAUGGUCCAAGAGCAGUUUGUAUCCUGUCAGCAAAUGGAGCCAUAUCUAAUGUUACACUUCGUCAGCCAGCCACAUCUGGUGGAACUGUAACGUAUGAGGGGCGGUUUGAAAUUCUUUCACUUUCUGGUUCAUUUCUUUUAUCUGAAAAUGGUGGUCAGCGUAGUAGAACUGGGGGUUUAAGCGUGUCUUUAUCUGGACCAGAUGGUCGUGUUUUAGGUGGUGGUGUUGCAGGGCUUCUAACAGCUGCUUCCCCAGUUCAGGUAGUUGUUGGGAGUUUUAUUACAGAUGCUUGCAAGGAAUCAAAGAUAGCAAACAUGGAACCUUUAUCUGUUACACCAAAACUUGUAGCUGUUACCGGACCAACUGGGGCCAGCAGUCCACCGUCCCAUGGAACUCUUAGCGUGUCUUCAGGUGGCCCAGGGAGCCCACUUAACCAGAGUACAGGAGCAUGCAAUAACAAUAAUCCGCAAAGUAUGCCAUGGAAGUGAAUCCUUUGUAACUUGUUUCAUUUAUACUAAUUUGUGUAGAAGGAAAGAGCAAUAAUAUCGUGUUUUGCAAUCUCCUGGAAGUCUCUACCUACGUUUGUAGUUUCAGCUUAGUGUAAGUUUGGUAGAAUAAGGAGCGUAGAGUGAAAAUUUAAACUUACCUUAUGUAGGUUAUUACAGUCUUAGAUUGUUAAAUCAGUUGGUAAGAGGAGCGAGUGAUACAUAGAAUUAGAGGAAAACAUUGUGCUUCAAAGUAGUCUUUAGGUUAGGACGAGAUGAUGAUGUAGCUUAGCUUGUAAGUGGUGGUUUAUUGUAGUUUGUUGUUGUUGUCGUCUAUAAUGUAUGUUUAACUUGAUCUUUGUUUCCCUAAUGAUGAAGAUGGUAAUUGGUACCAAUGUUCCUACAA